AAGGGAGCCUCCAUUUUUCAGAGAGUCACCUGGAGGUCGAAAGGACUCUCCACACAGCAGAUCUGGCUCCAGUGUCAGCAGCAGAGGCUACUCUCCAAACGGAGCAAGCCGUAUUCAUUCCACCAGUCUCAGCAUAGAAGUAAAGAGAGAUCUGCUCAGUCCUUGAAAACAUCACAAGACACUUCACCUUCGAGCUCUUCAGCAGUUCCUUCAUCAAAGGUUUACCGGCAAGACUGUGAAACCUUCGGGAUGGUGGUGAAAAUGCUGAUUGAAAAAGAUCCUUCAUUAGAACAGUCAAUACAGUUUGCACUGAGGCAGAAUUUACAUGAAAUAGGUGAGCGGUGUGUUGAAGAACUGAAGCAUUUUAUUGCAGAGUAUGAUAAUUCUGCUCAAGAUUUUGGAGAGUCUUUUUAGAAAAAUUAGUGUUCCAGCAAAAUGUAACCACCCUCCCUCUACCACCUCUGGAUUUGUGUAAAUCCUUAAUGUAUGAAACUUUUGUGAUGAAGAGAAAUACUUUAUUUGGCUACAUUUCCAAUUCAGUUUAAACAUCCAAAAUAGUCCUUUAAAGAUAUAUUAAUUAUAUU